AUGCCAUAUCCAGACGACAUUCCUUUUAUUCAUGGACUUGACUUAAGUGAACGAUUCUUUUUUGAUAUUGCUAAACCAUUACUCGAUGAAUAUUAUCCUUCACUUCAAUAUACAGCUUGUCGUUUAGGACACGGUUCUGAUGUACUUGGCUUUGAUACAAGUCAAUCUCGUGAUCAUGAUUGGGGACCAAAAUUUGAUCUUUUACUUGAAAAUGAAACACAUAUUGAUGAAUUAGAAUUAUUUUUUAAUAAAAAUCUUCGAGAAAAAACAAUUUGUGGUUAUUCAACACAAUUUAAAAAGUAUAUUGAAGAAGAUGGGCAAAUAACUCUUAUAAAUGUAUCUAAUGAUCAAGAAAAUACAUGUCAUGGUAUUCGUAUAAUGACAAUGAAACAAUUUUUUAUUGAAUAUCUCAAUUGGACAAUUCAUAAUGGUGAACCAACAUUUGAAGAUUGGUUAACAUUUCCUAGUCAACAUUUAUUAACUAUAGUUCGAGGUCGAGUUUUUUAUCAUACAGAUAAUAUGAAUAUUGAAACUAUUCGAUCACAACUUGUUUAUUAUUCAAAAGAUAUUUCGUUGUAUCUAAUUGGUUGUUGUUGGCAACGUAUUGGACAAGAAGAACAUUUAAUGAGUCGUGCUGGACAAGUUAAUGAUGAACUUGGUUCAUCAUUAAUUGCAAAUCGUCUUAUACGUGAUAUUAUGCGUCUUGUUUUUCUUCUAGAAAAACAAUAUUAUCCUUAUGCAAAAUGGUUUGGUACAGCAUUUCGAAAAUUAACAACAUAUGGUUAUGAUUUAGAACCUAUACUUCGACAAGUUCAAUUAGCAAAUACAUGGCAAGAACGUGAACAUCAUCUUAGUAUAGCUUCUCAACGAUUAGCAUAUAUUACAAAAGAAAAAUUAUUUAAUACAAAUAAAACUAGUAUUAUUACUGAAAUAUCACAAUUUCAUAAUAGACCAUUUCAAGUAAUUAAUGGAGGAUCUAUAGCAGAUGUUAUUUUUGUUCAAAUAGAAAAUGAUCAUAUACGACAGUUACCAAAAAUUGGUAGUACUGAUUUAUUUAUUGAUAGCACAGAUGCUAUGAAUCCAGAAUUACGUUUAAAACUGAAAAAAAUUUUUGAAUAA